AUGGAGGAUUACUUGAAGGUGUUCGUGGAGGAGACAUCGUUUUACAAUCGUCUGGUUUUAGGUACAUUGUUGCCGGAAUCAUGGUGGGCACCACUUCCUCACUUGCUUCAAGGAUGGCUCCGUAACUACAUUGGCGCUCUUCUAAUUUAUUUCAUCUCCGCUUCCCUCUGCACCUUCUACGUCUAUCACUUGAAUCGCAAUCUCUAUAUUCCCAAAAUUCAUAUAUAUGAGGCCAUACUAUCAAAGGAAGCAAUGGUGUUGCAGAUAUCAGUUGCCAUGAAAGCUAUGCCUUGGUACUGUGUCCUUCCAUCACUUUCUGAGUACUUAAUUGAAAAUGGAUGGACUAAAUGUUUUGCAAGAAUAAGUGAUGUUGAAUGGCUUACCUACUUCAUCAAUACAGCUAUUUAUCUUGUAAUAAUUGAGUUUGGAAUCUAUUGGAUGCACAAAUUAAUGCAUGACAUAAAACCUCUGUACAAAUAUCUGCAUUCUACACAUCAUAUUUACAACAAGCAAAACACACUUUCCCCAUUUGCUGGAAUGGCACUCCACCCACUGGAUGGAGUACUGGAGGCGAUGCCACACGUCGUAGCUCUAUUCGUUGUGCCAAUGCAUUUCACUACACACAUAGGGCUCUUAUUCAUGGAUACCUUAUGGACUGCUAAUAUUCAUGACUGCAUACAUGUGAAGGUGUGGCCUGUAAUGGGUGCUGGCUAUCAUACUAUUCAUCAUACAACAUAUCGACAUAAUUAUGGUCAUUACACAAUAUGGAUGGACUGGAUGUUUGGUACUCUUAGUCAUCCUGUUGAUGAUCAACAGGAUGACAAGAAAAUGUAA